AUGGCCAUCCACCCGGACGACCCUCCCAUGCCGCUGCUCGGGUUGCCGCGCGUUGUGUCCUGCGAGAGCGACGUGCAGCAUCUUCUGGCCGCCGUCGACUCGCCGCACAACGGGCUGACCUUCUGCGGCGGCUCCUUCGUCGAGAGCGACCACCUCGAUGGCGAUGUCGACAUGUUUCGCAUCGUGCGCACGUUUGCACGCGAGGCCGCCCGGCGGCAGCGCGACGGCGACGCGGCCGCCCUUGCCGUUAAGAGCCCUUAG